GCACAACUAUCAGUGACAGUAUCGGAGAACCAGCUCCAAAUGCUUGCUUCCUCAUGUUUCCUAAAUGAAUUGCUUUUAGAUCAGAUUCUCAGAAGACAGACCUCCUUCUCUUAUACACAUUUUAAAUGGAAUUAUUGAUUAUUUACCUGUCCGUCCUCCUAACCAGUUUCUUCAAUAAUGCCAGUCGACCUUGGACCCCCAGAGGUUUUUUUUCUCCCUACUUGGGAGUUUUUGGUUCCUCUCCUCCGCUGUAUAUCUUAAUGAUGUACGACAUAAUCAUAUCACAACACAUCCAUGUAAAGCACCUUGGAGCAAUUCAGUUGUGAAAGGCGCUAUUUAAGAAUAAAUGCAAUUAAACUGAAUUGAAUUAUCCUGCUUAGGGCUGGGGGGGGCUGAAACCUACCCCAGGGAGGGCACAGAGCUGCAGUACACACUGCAUCCAUGGAUAGGAUGCAAGUACAAUGCAGGGCACGUGCAGACAAAAUCACACACAGAACUGUAUACUUCUGAGUUUUGGGAGGAAACUUUUGCUGAGAAUAUGCAAAUUUUAAAAUGUAAUUUUACAGUAAACACUGACAUUUACAAGAAAAUAAAACCUGUAUAGCCAGUUUAUUCUAAUGUUACUGCUAUUGUAAAACAUUCCCUCUCCAGUUCUAGCACAGCUGAAGGCAGCUUUAUUUUCGAGGAAAUGAAACUUAAACAGUGAUUCAGACAGCCAAUAGUGUUUGUGUAGGCAGUCGUUAGAUUGGCCAAUGAGGUUAAUUUGGGGGGAACUUAAAUGUAGUAGCGUUGGUGUCACACUGCACAGAGCAGUGUUUCAGGUGAAGAAUAGAAGCACAACCAGUCAUGAGACCGUUGCCAAGGAACACCAAAAUUCUAUUUUUUGCCAAACAUUGCACGGAGCCCUACGUACAGAUCAUCACGGUCCAUGAGACAAAGCAGUGGCAGAGUGUAUGCAGCUCUGAAGAGGAGGAACCUCACGGGGACGACUUGGAGGACUUGCUUCUUCCAGAGCUGAUUGACCGCAGCGACCUGCUGGGUGAAAUACAGUGUCAGAAGCUAGCCAAUCACCUGCCAGCACGGACUCAGGGGAACCCAUGGCGACUGGCCUACAGCACAGCUGUACAUGGUACAAGUCUGAGAACACUCUACAGAUAUCUGUCUUCACUGGACAGCCCUGUACUGCUCGUUAUCAAGGACAUGGGCAAUCAGGUGUUCGGCGCCUUCUCCUCUCACCCCUUCAGAGUCAGCAGCUGCUGCUACGGCACAGGAGAAACGUUCCUGUUCAGCUUCAGCCCUGAUUUGAAGGUGUUCCGCUGGAGUGGGGAGAACUCUUACUUUGUGAGGGGCCACUGGGACUCUCUGCAAAUAGGAGCGGGAGGGGGGUGCUUUGGCUUGUGGCUGGAUGCUGAUCUAUGCCGCGGUUCCAGCUUCCCUUGCCAAACCUUCAACAACCAGCCUCUCUCCUCCAAAAAAGACUUCACAGUCCAGGACCUGGAAGUGUGGACCUUCAGUUCGAGAGAGAUUUGACUGUACAGGGGGAAGAGUCUCACCUACCUUAAGAGUUUCUGGAACUGAACCAGAGGACAGAAUGCGGAUGUGGACAAACUACGCUAGAACUACUAGCUGCUGAACCACAUCCUGGCAUGCAUCGGAAUCUGUGCCUCGACAGACCAUAUUCUGCUUGGGCAUGGAGAAAGAGGGCAGACUAAGCGAGUUACAUCCGGAAUGCUCUACCUCAGAGCAUCAUAUACUGUAAUGACUUUGCAUUCCUGGAGCAUUUGGGGUCCAGAAAAUUGCAGCCACAGGUGUAUCUUGUGUAUUUGAAAAGUGUCUCUGAGAGGAGUAGUUUACAGACACAGCAGCCAGGCAGGGGUCCCCUGGUUCAUAUCAAUUCCAAGGACAUCACGUUUUUUAGAAGCAUUCACCUUUAAAUAUACAGCCUUUUCACAAGCAUUCAAAAUAUAAUAAUUAUGAAAAAGCAGAUUUUUUAAUUUUGUAUUCUUUUCAUGUUUGGUCAGUUUUUAAAGAUAUUUUAAAUUAUUCUGAAUUUGAGAAGAGUUUAUGGGUGUUUGAUGUGUGUGUUUGAUGAGUGAUUGGUCCCUGUUUUUCAUGUUGCUAUGACGGUGCUGGCACUGUUUUUGUAACCUUGUUUCUAAAAUGAUAGUAAACCACAUGUUUGUCUCUACAAUAUACUAAAUGUACCUAUUAAACCCCGGUGAGGGUUCUAUUCAA